AUGGGCUUGUGGUCGGCAAUCUUCCUUCUUCUUCUGGCCCAUGUAUUCCUCCACGGCUCUGCCACUGAGCUCUCAGAAAAGAAAGUGCCUCGAAAGAUACAGACAGCUCCUAAUAGAUACUUGGAAGACUCUGUUAUAGAUGGACGGGUGACGGAAAAUGGGUUUGGUAGAUCUGAGGCUAAAUUCCAUGGGAUUGAUGAGAGAAGCAGAAGAGUCUCGACGUCCACAGUUGCGUUAUUCACUCUUGCUAUGGCUGCAGCAACUGGGUUGGGCGCAGUGCCGUUCUUCUUUGUGGAGUUAGAGCCGCAGUGGGCAGGUAUAUGCAAUGGCCUGGCGGCUGGGGUGAUGCUGGCUGCCAGCUUUGACCUUGUGCAGGAAGGCCAGAGCUCCACCUCUGGAAGCUGGGUGGUUAUUGGGAUAUUAUCCGGAGGAAUCUUCAUCUGGUUGUGCAAGAAGGUAAAUAUUGUGCCACUUUCCUUUGCGUCUUUACUCCAACUCCUGUAUUUAUAUGGACAUCGGAUCAAGUUCUUAGAGAUCAUACCUUUAAUCUUGGAUGCAUCAUUAAAUACUGUAGUGAGUGUGGUCUCCCGCUUCCUGGAUCUUGUUUUAUUCUACUUUAGAAGCUCAUGUUAGUAUUCUGCGUAGAGUGAGUACCUCCAUGAAUUCGUUUUUAGGAAAUCAUCACAAGACCCACAAGCAUCUUGAGUGAGAAGGGUCGACAGGAUUGUAGGGCUCACAGAUGUCUUCGUUUUCCUCAGUUUGUCGAAGUCUCCUCUCUGUGCACCACUUUGUAGUUCAUCAACCCCUGGAUAUGCUGCCUCAAUGGCUUCCCUUGAGGCAUGCAAUUCUGUUGUUAUUUCUCAAUCCAUUCUAUCAGCUAAGAUGCUGCCAUCUCUCGAUCACGUGCACCGAAAUUGAAGGGCUUCAGCAUCGAUAUUAGAUGUGGAAGAUAUUAUUUCCCCCUUUCCACUUUUUUUUUAAUUUCCAUCUCCUAUUUCUUGGCCCUCCGUCCUUUUCCUAAUAAAAAUUGUGAAUUAGAUAGGACAUAUCAUCAGACAUUUCAGCCUCCAACUCUAAGUUCAUGGCCCUACAAAUUUUUUUAUAAAAAGAUAUCAUUUUUUAUAUAAAUUAUCAUUGAUGAAGUAAAGAAUGCUGGGCACCUUAAGCCCCUGGGCUAGAUUUGUAGACUCGACUGAUGAUUUUCCCGGAUGAUUUCUGAAUUCAUAAAACCCACUUCUCUUCUCAUAGACUUCAGAUUUAUUCAGCUUUAUUCAGAGUUUGUGCUCGUACUUGGGAAAAUGAAAAAAAAAACACAAUUUCUCAGUUUUUAAAAGAGUUUGAAUCUUCUUAAAUUUCUCCUUUGCAGUUUCUUGAGCAGUAUGGUGAAAUAAGCAUGCUGGACAUAAAGGGCGCCGACGCAAGCAAAGUCGUCCUCGUGGUGGGAAUAAUGACUCUCCAUUCCUUUGGGGAGGGAUCAGGCGUGGGCGUGUCCUUCGCCGGCUCGAAAGGGUUGACCCAGGGCCUGCUGGUUACCCUGGCCAUUGCCGUCCACAACAUCCCCGAAGGUUUAGCCGUCAGCAUGCUUCUGGCGUCCAAAGGAGUCUCCCCGCAGAAAGCCAUGCUGUGGAGCAUCAUCACCUCUCUGCCCCAGGUAACCGUUGGAAAUAUCUUCUCUCAUGGAUGAGCUAGGUCUCUAUCUUAGCGAUUUGGGUAGAGAGAGAGAGAGAGAGAGAGAGAGAGAGAGAGAGUUGGUCUGGGGAAGGGACUGCAUGAGGUUCUUGGCUUUUCUGGGUUGCGCCAGGGCUAUCUUUCCUAUUACACACGGAUUAGUUUUUCUGAGCUUUUUCAGACCGUUGACUAUCUUAUUUACGGCUAUGUUUGACUUUGUAUUACUUGUUUUGGAAAGUAGAUAUUUCAUUUGUAGAAUAGAGUACUGAUCUAUUUUUGAACUGUCCUACCGGUGUGGACUUCUCAGCCAAUUGUGGCCGUCCCCGCGUUCAUGUGCGCUGACGCCUUCAACAAAUUUCUGCCCUUUUGUACGGGCUUCGCGGCCGGCUGCAUGAUCUGGAUGGUGGUCGCCGAGGUCCUCCCCGACGCUUUCAAGGUAGCCCACCUGUUGACUAGCGGGGCCCUUUGACUUUCUCUUCCUGCCGUCCCCCCUCCAUCUGUUGACUUGUCGUUCCCCUCUCCAGGAGGCCACUCCCUCUCAGGUUGCAUCAUCUGCGACACUCGCCGUCGCCUUCAUGGAAACCCUUAGUACUGUCCUUCAGAGCUUCAGCCAUGGCUACAGGUAGCUCUCUCUCUCUCUCUAUAUAUAUAUAUCCAUCCAUCUAUUCAUCUAUCUCAUAUGAGAGCUUAGACUCUCCUCUCUCUCUCUCUCUAUCCAUCCAUUCAUAUAUCUAUAUCUCAUAUGAGAGCUAAGACCCUCCUCUCUCUCUACAUUUACCCAUGACUAUCGGUAGCUCUCUCUCUCUCUCUAUCUAUCUAUAUAUAAAUAUAAAUAAAUAUAUGUAUCUGUAUAAUCCAUCUUUAUCUAUCGACCUAUCUUCCUCUAUAUGAAAAGAGUUGAAACCCUCCUUGUGUUGCUGGCUUUUCUUUCUUUCUUGCAGCGCCGAGGACGCAUCUGGGUUCUUUGUUUCGCUGCUCUUCGGGCUCGGGCCACUGUUCGGCGGGUUCAUCCUCGUCGCCUUCGCCCUGGCCUUCUCCUCGCAGCACGCCCUCCUCUCCGGCGUCUCCUCCGGCAUCGCCCUCCUCCUGGCCUCCUGGCGGCCCCUGCAGCUCCUCGCCGCCGGCAAGAUGUGGCCCCCCACCGUCCUCCUCCUCCUCGCCUCCGGCGGCGCCGCCUCCCACGCCUGCACCUCCGCCUUACUGAAGCUCUCCCGCCACAAGAAGUCCUCCCUAAACGAGCUCUCCUCCCCCUCCUCCGGCCUCUCCAUCAGCGUCGUCACCCUCCAGUCGCUCCUCGCCUGCGGCGCAAUCUUCUCCCACGCGCUGGCCGAGGGGCUAGCCCUCGGCGUCGCUGCGCCGAGGGCCCACGGCCUGGGCCGCCACAUGGUCCUCCCCGUUUCGCUGCACGGGCUGCCCCGCGGCGCCGCCGUCGCGAGCUGCGUCCUCGGCGUCACCGGGAGCUGGCGGGCGGCCCUCAGCGCCGCGGCGGGGACGGGCCUCGCCGGGCCCCUAGCGGCCAUCGGCGCCAUCCUUGCGGGGAUCGACUACCGCGGGCUGGAUUAUCUGAUGGUCUUCUCCUGCGGACUGCUGGUCCCGAGCUUCGCCAGCGUGUUCCGGCGGGCGACGCGGCUGGAGACAGCGGGGAGCUGCUACGGGCUCCUCAUCGGCCUGGGCUUCGCGUGCGCCUGCCUGACCUCCACCAAGAUGGUCUGCCUGCACACUCCCUACUGCAACUCCGCCCCGGAGGCGGUGAGAUGA